CCUGGCAUGCCAAUUUGUUCAAGGAAAUGGAUUCUGAUCUCGGAGGAAGGAGACGGCACGGCAACGGCAACUCGACAAUCGGUUUCAAGGAUUUCGCGAACAGACUGCCAGCUUUUGACAGAGGAUUACUGAAGCAAUGUGAAUCGUUCCAUUUUGUUAACUUCCCUGAGGACUGGGGGGCGAAGCAGUUGUUUUACUUCAUCAGAACGACCGUUAAAGCAGGUAGACUCUGGGACAUUUUCAUCCCCAGCAAGAGAGACAAAAGAGGUAACAGGUACGGUUUUGCCAGAUUUUUAGACGCGAGGAAUGAGCAGGAGAUGAAGAAGCAACUGGGAAAUAUAUGGAUUGGUAACCAAAGGGUGGUUUUCAACUCGGCUGUGGAAAGAAGAAAGGAGAAGAGAAGUAUGGAAGCAAAACUAGCAGAGGAAGCAAGUUGGAAAAGUAACAAGGGGAAAAUCAAUGCUGAAGACAAGAAUACUGUGGAAGAAAGGAGUAGGAAGAUUCCAAGAAUGACAUAUGCGCAAUGCCUUCUCCAGCAGAAAGAAAUGGCAAACUCCACCGAAACAGGAAACAAAGAUCCAACACCGUCAGAGUCAAAAGAAUUUCCAAGGAGGUCUAACAAAGGAACGCCCAAGAUUCCCAGUGUGAGUCGGCCUGUGUACAAAAAGGUGAUUGAGCUAAAGGACACAGAUAAAGCUAAAGAUAAACUGAUGAAGUGUGCAGUUGGGGUGGUGUUAACCCCAUCUAUCAUCCCAAACCUCCCAGAAAUUUUCUUUAAUGAAGGUUUCCCUUCAAUCAAAAUUGCCCCUAUGGGAGGUAAUCUGGUUUUAAUCGAUGAUGAGGAUCCGGAGCAUGUCAAGGAACUGGUAGAUGGGAACUUACAGUGGGUGACAGCUUAUUUUGAUAGAAUUAAGUACUGGGCUCCAUCAGACAUCGCAGAGGAAAGAUUUGUGUGGGUGAGAAUCCAGGGGUUACCCAUACAUGCCUGGUCUGAAGAAAGUUUAUCAACAAUCGGUAACCAGGUGGGUAAACUGGUUUCAAUUGAUGAGUAUACACUCUCUAAGGAAUGCCUAGAUGCAGCAAGAAUGUUAGUCUCCACCAAGUCCAAAUUGGCGAUAAAUGAAGACUUCGUUCUCAAAGUGAAGAAUAAUAGCUUUCACAUUGCUGUAGUGGAGGAAAAUUGGAGGACUGAUCCAUGGUGGCUGAAGAAAACUGCUAGCUCAAUUGAUGAGUCAGAAGCGAGUUCAACGGGUUUCAACUUCGGUGAAGAUUCCGGCGAUUUUGACGAUGACAGCAUGAACGGGCUACAGCAAGACGAAUUUCAAACACUUUCCCAAAGAGUCAAUGGCAUUAAUUGCUCUGACAUAGUGCGCGGCUCAAAGAAAUCUGCUGAAAUGGGCAAGUUUUGCAACGGCACUCUAUCAAAUCAAGAGUGUGGGGAACAGAGAGAGGAGCGGGAAAGCAGGGGAACAAAUCAGCUUAACAGAUUGUGUACAGACCUGGAUUCUGAAGUGCAAGUAAUCCAAGAAACGGCCCAACUUGGAAGCCCAGAAGACAGCAAGAAUGAAGCCCAGUUGGUUAAGAAUAAAACAAAAAGGGGUGACCAGGAGCAAGGCGGGCUUCAAGAGGAGAAAAGCAACCAUCCAGCCGGUCAACUUCGGUGGUGAAUCCCCAAU